CAGUUCCCAUCGUGCCUUUCUUUUACGCUGGCGUGCUUGGAAAGGUGAGCGACCCAAAGGGGUAGAGUGGAACAGGCGGUAGUGGAUGUGCGCGUGCUUUUUGAUAUGUCGGACCCGGCGACACAGGCCUUGCAACCCCGGCUACAUCAAGCGCAGCCUGGUGCUGGGACGGCUGGCGCAAACGCUGCUACGGUGGGAUCUGGAUCAGGGAACAGUGACCCAGUCAGACCAGGUCUUAGCCAACAACAGCGGGCGAGUCAGAAGAAAGCCCAAGUCAGAGCUUUUCCACGGGCGAAAAAGCUCGAGAAACUCGGUGUCUUCUCCGCUUGCAAGGCUAGCGACACAUGCAAAUGCAAUGGAUGGAAGAACCCACACCCGCCGACAGCCACUCGAAGUAUGGACUUGCAGCAGCAAGCCGCCAGCCUGAGCGAGACUUGCCGCAGCUGUGGACAUGCCCUGGCGGAUCAUGUGUCCCACCUGGAGAACGUGUCGGAGGAGGAGAUCAACAGGCUGCUGGGGAUGGUGGUGGACGUGGAGAACCUCUUCAUGUCCGUGCACAAAGAGGAGGACACUGACACCAAGCAGGUGUACUUCUACCUCUUCAAGCUGCUGAGAAAAUGCAUCUUGCAGAUGAGUCAGCCGAUAGUGGAGGGGUCUUUGGGGAGCCCCCCCUUCGAGAAACCUAACAUUGAGCAGGGAGUGUUGAACUUUGUUCAGUAUAAAUUCAGCCACCUGGCACCCAAAGAGAGGCAGACUAUGUUUGAGCUGUCCAAGAUGUUCCUCCUGUGCCUCAACUAUUGGAAGCUGGAGACUCCCACUCAGUUCCGUCAGCGCUCCCAGAAGGAUGACGGCACCGCCUACAAAGUGGACUACACCAGGUGGUUGUGCUACUGUCAUGUCCCCCAGAGCAACGACAGCCUGCCACGCUACGAGACCACUCAGGUGUUUGGCCGUAGUCUGCUCAAGUCAAUCUUCACAGUGACGCGGCGCCAGCUGCUGGAGAAGUUCAGGGUGGAGAAGGACAAGCUCCUACCAGAGAAACGCACCCUGAUUCUGACACACUUCCCUAAGUUUCUGUCGAUGCUAGAAGAGGAGAUUUAUGGUGAAAACUCUCCCAUCUGGGAGGCUGACUUCACUAUGCCUGCUUCAGAGGGAGGCCAGCUGGGGCACCAGACAGUGAUCAGCCCUGCUGCAGUGUCCGGCUCUCCUUCCUUCUCUAAGGCUGUGAACAGUGGCUCCUCUACGGGGGGUCUGGGCAUGGAAAUUGGUGUGCCUGAGCCAAUAGCAGGAGAGAAGCGGAAGCUUCCGGAGGCUCUGACCCUAGAAGAUGCUAAGAGGAUUCGUGUGAUGGGCGACAUCCCCAUGGAGCUUGUCAACGAGGUGAUGAUGACCAUCACUGACCCAGCUGCCAUGUUAGGUCCAGAGACGAGUUUGCUGUCUGCCAAUGCUGCUCGGGACGAGACGGCCAGGCUGGAGGAGAGGCGGGGUAUAAUAGAGUUCCAUGUCAUAGGGAACUCUCUUUCCCAGAAGUCCAACAAAAAGAUCCUGAUGUGGCUGGUGGGCCUGCAGAACGUCUUCUCCCACCAGCUGCCUCGCAUGCCCAAAGAGUACAUCACACGCCUCGUGUUCGACCCGAAGCACAAGACGCUGGCCCUAAUUAAAGAUGGCCGUGUCAUCGGGGGCAUCUGUUUCAGGAUGUUCCCCACCCAAGGUUUCACUGAGAUCGUCUUCUGUGCCGUCACAUCUAACGAACAAGUGAAGGGCUAUGGUACACACCUGAUGAACCACCUGAAGGAGUACCACAUUAAACACAACAUCCUGUACUUCCUCACCUACGCAGAUGAGUAUGCCAUUGGCUACUUCAAGAAGCAGGGUUUUUCCAAAGACAUCAAAGUGACCAAGAGUCGUUACCUUGGUUACAUCAAGGACUACGAGGGAGCUACACUCAUGGAGUGUGAGCUCAAUCCCAGAAUCCCCUACACCGAGCUGUCCCAUAUAAUCAAGAGGCAGAAGGAGAUCAUUAAGAAGCUGAUAGAGCGGAAACAGAGCCAGAUCAGGAAGGUGUACCCGGGACUCACCUGCUUCAAGGAGGGUGUUCGCCAGAUUCCUGUGGAGAGCAUCCCUGGCAUCAGGGAAACAGGCUGGAAACCAAGUGCAAAGGAGAAAGUCAAAGAGCUGAAAGACCCUGACCUGUUGUACAACAUGCUGAAGAAUCUCCUGGCUCAGAUCAAGACUCACCCAGACGCCUGGCCAUUCAUGGAGCCUGUGAAGAAGUCUGAGGCUCCAGACUACUACGAGAUCAUACGCUUUCCCAUUGAUCUGAAGACUAUGACUGAGAGGCUGAAGAACAGGUACUACGUGACCAAAAAGCUUUUCAUAGCAGACCUGCAGCGUGUCAUCACAAACUGCCGUGAAUACAACCCCCCAGACAGCGAGUACUGCAAGUGUGCCAACACACUGGAGAAGUUCUUCUACUUCAAGCUGAAGGAAGGGGGCCUGAUCGAGAAGUGAGGUCGAUGCCGAACCACAGAAAGGAGCGUCAGGGACACACUCACUCAGUAUACACACAAUCAGUCACGUUACUGUGAUGCCAUAGUUAGGGGAUCAUUGCUAGCCAUAUUUCAACCGAAAUCUUGUUUAAAAGUCAACAAUGGCUGUGUGUUAAUGCAUGUUUACAUUUACUGACGGGUGAAGGGAACUGCGGGAGAAAAUUGAGAAGGCUCCGUGGGCCAGUUAAGUGCUUUAAUGUGUCAAACAAACUAUACCCCUCUGUCCUUAACACUCUUCCUCUCUCUCACUCCCCUUUAGAAUAGAACAGUGUUGCGAUCUCAUUCUGUUUUUGCUCCGAGUGAUUCCAAAUUAAUAUGUCCCUCCAGCGGAUGUUAAACAUUCAGAAUCCCAUUUAGACAUCUUUUCUCUUAAUCCGAUAAAAACAAUGGCCGCUUUCCAAAUGAUUUGUGUGUCACUGACAUGGGAACUUAAGCAGACGGGACCUGGGGACCUAACGCCGUUGUUGCCUUCCUGUACUGGUAUACACUUGAAAAGUUGACUUGGGGAGUGUUUUGAGAUGCCACGUGCCGUCGACUUGGAAGACAAGUUACCUUUAGACUUCACAUCUAUUUAAAGCCUGGCUAAGGCGCUGUUGACGAUCCCCUUCCUGAAAGAAUACAUAGCAUAAGACUGCCAGAUAUCACCGCACGUGUUUAUUGAACCAGUUGCCCACAUAUUUCAGGACAUGUAUGUAUUCGGCCUCGAACGAGACCAUAGAUCGCCCUAUCUUGCGUUGCGUUGUGACGGUAUGGGCUUUGUGAUCGGUCAGUAGAUAUUCUACGACCUUUCCACUAUGUUUCCGCUUUUACGCUUGCCCCCAACACAUUUAUUGACCAAUACUGAGUAUUUUAAAAUGCUGUAAGUGUAAUUUCAAUUUUCCGCCACUUUUAAAGGUAACUAGGCAGAGCUAAGUAAAUCUGUAGUGUUGUAAUCCCCUUUUCUGUUUUCUUGGUCUGUAUGACGAUGUCACUGGUUAGGGAAGUAUCAUGAAGGGCCAAGUGGCAUGUAAUAGUUAGUUUAAUGGAUUUGUGUGCCCUCUGGGUUACUGUCCAACCCCUUAGUUUAGGCUUCUGUUAUACCUGGAACUGAGAACUGCAAUGACUUGUUUCUGAUGGAAAUGCAGGAAUCAUCCACGGCGGGGAACUAUUAGUUACGUCAGUAUUUCAGUGCAGACCGCAGUCGUGCUUUCGGACACGAGACAAGGGUGUUUGAUUGUGCAUGUUAUGAUUAUGUCUGACAUACGAAAUAGUGUCUGGUUUUGUAGUCAAUCCAUACACUCACAAGCUGUAGUUAUUACAUGGUGGAGAACAAUAUAAUCUUAUUUCAUUCAAAUAUAUAUAUAUAUUAUUUCAGUUAUAUUUUUACAGCGAUAGCUUUUGGCUCACAAACCCACUUUGAUUUAUGGUCUGUCUGAUUGUCAGCUUCUGAUUGGUUCUCUGCUAUUUUGUGAAGGUGUUUGGGGGAAUGACUGGUAUAUGCUGGUUGGUUGAGCUUGCUUGUUGAGUAUUCCACUAAAUGUGUGUGUGUGUGUGUGUGUGUGUGUGUGUGUGUGUGUGUGUGU